AUGCACUAUUCUCUCCUAGCCAUGCACAACUGACCGCUUCUCCACGUCUACAUCACCUAUUGACACCAGGAAUGAAGACUUUGGAGUUUAUAUUAAGACAAGAGUAGUAUGCUGGACGUGGGAAAGUGGCCGGUGUUCGCCCUCCUGCCCCCUGAGGAGCUGCGCCUCGUCCGUCAAGCCUGUGUGUUCGGCAGCGCUGCCAACGAGGCCAUCUACGUUACCGUCAAUGAUGAGGUGUUUGCACUCGGGACAAACUGCAGUGGCUGUCUGGGCCUCGGGGACACGCAGAGCUCCAUUGAGCCCAGGCGGAUCGACAUCUUGUGUGGGAAGAAAAUUGUCUCUUUGAGCUACGGCACAGGGCCACACGUGGUCAUCGCCACUGCAGAUGGAGACGUUUAUGCCUGGGGUCACAAUGGCUACAGUCAGCUGGGCAACGGCACCACCAACCACGGCCUGACUCCUGCCCUGGUUUCCACCAACCUCAUCAGCAAGAGAGUGACGGAGGUGGCCUGCGGCUCCCACCACACCAUAGCCCUCACCACCGAGGGAGAGGUGUUCGCCUGGGGCUACAACAACUCCGGGCAGGUGGGCUCGGGAUCCACGGCCAACCAGCCCACCCCACGCAGGGUCAGCAGCUGCUUGCAGAACAAGGUGGUGGUCAACAUCGCCUGCGGACAGCUCUGCUCCAUGGCCGUCCUGGACAAUGGAGAGACGUAUGGCUGGGGUUAUAACUGCAAUGGGCAGCUCGGUUUGGGCAACAAUGGCAACCAGCAAACCCCCUGCCGGAUCGCUGCCUUACAGGGAAUCAACAUCGUACAGGUGGCAUGUGGAUACGCACACACAUUGGCUCUGACAGACGAGGGAUUUGUUUACUCUUGGGGUGCGAACUCCUACGGGCAGCUGGGUACGGGCAACAAGAGCAACCAGGCUGUGCCCACCCUCAUCAACAUGGACAAGGAGAGAAUGGUGGAGGUCGCUGCGUGUCACACCAGUCACACGUCAGCGGCCAAAACACAGAGCGGUCAGGUGCUGAUGUGGGGUCAGUGUCGGGGUCAGGCCGUGGCUUACCCUCACCUCACACACUUCACCAGCACUGAUGACGUCUUCGCCUGCUUCGCCACACCGGCGGUCACCUGGCAUCUCCUGUCCGUGGAUGGAGAUGACUACCUGACUGUUGCCCAGUCGCUAAAGCGAGAGUUUGACAGCCCAGAAAUCUCUGACCUAAAGUUCCUGGUUGAUGGCAAGUGUAUUCACGUGCACAAAGCCCUUCUUAAAAUCAGGUGUGAGCAUUUCCGAGCACUGCUGAACGAGACCGAUGAAGAGACCAUAGAGAUUCAUCAGUUCUCUUAUCUGGUGUAUCGCGCAUUCCUGGAAUACCUGUAUACUGAUACCAUCAACCUCCCACCUGAGGACGCUAUUGGUCUGCUGGAUUUGGCCACAUACUACCGUGAGAGUCGUCUGAAAAGACUGUGCCAGGAGACCAUCAAGAGAGGCAUCGCAGAGGACAACGCUGUAACACUGCUCUCGGCCGCUGUCAAGUAUGAAGCACGGGAUCUGGAAGAGUUCUGUUUCAAGUUUUGCGUUAACCACCUGACGGCCAUCACUCAGACGCAGGCCUUCGCCGACAUGGACCACGAUCUGCUGAAGAAUUUUAUCAGCAAAGCCAGCCGCUACGGGGCCUUCAAAAACUGAGAGAGCUGGAGUCUAGGCUGGUCUUCUGCUCGGGCUCUGCUGCAUCCAGGCAUGUCCUCUCAAAUGCCUCGGAUCUGGAGAGAGUUAAGCCAAAUUCCGGUGGUUUGAGCGUGAAGAAGUGGGAAGCCACUGCACUGGUUGUCUUCUGGGUCCCAGUGCCUUUAAAUUACAUCCCCAUCUUAAGCCCUACAUAAGCGGAAGAAUUCAAGACGUAGUGUCUCUGGAUUCAAAGGGAUGAGACGAGUUUAAAUAGAUUGUAAUGGAAUAGCUAAACAAACAAACACCUCUGAGGUGCUUUACGAGCAAGGGAAGCAAAAGGGAAGAACCAUCUCAUGUUGGAAAGUGUUGAUGGAGAAAGAGUUGCUU